AUAAGAGAGACUGAGAGACAGAUCAGUCACAUUUACUGAAUGACUGCAAUCUGAAAAACAUGAUGCAUUUGCGAGUAUCCUUCAAUGUGCUCUACAUACUUAGUAUGUGUCUAGGGUUUUUGUGUGUGAUGUUUGUGUGUCUAUGGAGUGGGACCUGGAGAGGAGGUUUUGCCUGGGAUGGCUCUUUUCUGCAAUUUAACUGGCACCCUGUGCUGAUGGUGACAAGUCUGGUGGUACUGUAUGGAAACGCUGUACUCCUGUACCGGGUUCCUCUCCCCUGGAGCAAAUGGUGGCGCAAAGUGGCUCAUGCAGGGCUGCUGCUGGUUGCAGUUGUGCUCUGUUUGUUAGGCGUGAGCGCUGCUUUUGAUUUUCACAGUGCCAACAACAUCCCUCACCUGUAUUCCCUACACAGCUGGACUGGGAUCGUAACAGUGGCCCUGUUCACUUUACAGUGGUCUGUUGGUUUGGGUGCAUUUUUAUUGCCCUGGACUCCUUUGGCAUUUAAAAGCUUUUUGAAACCUAUUCAUGUCUGGAUGGGCAUGGCUAUUUUUAUCCUGGGUCUUAUCUCCAGCCUGUCAGGGAUCAAUGAGAAACUACUCCUAACUUUAGUUGGGGGAAAUGGGAGCAAUACCGAACCAUAUAAUGCGUUGCCUGCUGAAGCUCUGUUUGCAAACUCAUUAGGUAUUUUGGUUGCUAUGUUUGGGUUGGUGGUGUUGAAAAUUCUGUUCAGUAAGGAAUGGAACAAUACAGAGUUUGAGCAAGAGAGUGACAGGCCUUUGCUGGCAGAUGCAAGAUGAAGACAGAAGCAAACAAAAAAAUAUAUGUUUUGCACAACAUCACAGUUCAACAUGCAAAUCACUUUUGAAUCUUGAAUUUUCCUGACAAUACAGUUUCUAGUGCAAGUUUUGGUUGAUAUUACUCUUGUGUCAGUGAGGUGAUAAGUGUCUGUUCAGCUAUUUUAUACUUUAUUUUAUCCUCAAAUCCUGAACUUCUUGUAAUGAGCUGUUUGAAAUGUAAUAGUCUUAUCAAUGUUGGACCUCAUGUGGUUAAAAAGAGAAUUGCACAAACACUCACUAAAUAAAGUUGCAUAUUUGGUUGUAA